CGAACCAGUCAUCCCCCAGCUCUCCCACUCCCACCAGCCGACAUCCCGCUUUAUCUCAGCUUGAUCCCCAAGCUCCCGCCAUCAUGGCUGCUCUUUCCUCCGCCACCGCGGCUUCCGCCGCUUCCGCCUUCUUCGCGUCGAGCGCCGAGCUCGCGGCGAAGGUGAACAACGUGGAGAGCCGCGUGACGAUGCGCAAGACCGUGAAGGCCGCGGACAGCCUGAGCCAGUGGUACGGGCCCGAUCGCAGCCUGUUCCUGGGCCCCUUCUCCUCGCCUCCCGCGUACCUGAAAGGCGAGUUCCCCGGCGACUACGGGUGGGACACGGCGGGCCUGUCGGCGGACCCCGAGACGUUCGCGAAGAACCGCGAGCUGGAGGUGAUUCACUCGCGCUGGGCGCUGCUCGGCGCGCUUGGCAUCGUGUUCCCCGAGCUUCUGGCGCGCAACGGCGUGCCGCUGGGCGAGGCAGUGUGGUUCAAGGCGGGCGCGCAGAUCUUCAGCGAGGGCGGGCUCAACUACCUGGGCAACCCCAGCCUCAUCCACGCGCAGAGCAUCCUCGCCACGCUCGCCGUCCAGGUGGUGCUGCUGGGAUUGGUGGAGAGCUACCGCGUGGGCGGGCUGGAGGGAUUCCAGGAGGUGGACGACCCGAUCUACCCGGGCGGAGCGUUCGACCCGCUGGGGCUGGCGGACGACCCCGACGCGUUUGCGGAGCUGAAGGUGAAGGAGCUGAAGAACGGGCGGCUGGCGCAGGUGGCGGUGCUGGGCUUCUUCGUGCAGGCCAUCGUCACCGGCAAGGGGCCCCUCGAGAACCUCGCCGACCACCUCGCAGACCCCGCCGCCAACAACGCCUGGGCCUACGCGCAGAACUUCGUGCCCGGCGCCUAGAGAGGAGCUGUUUUCGCCGCCGAGAAGAUGACGCGCCGAACUUCGUGCCUGGCGCUGUGAGGGCGGAGUUCAGAGAACAUAGCGGCUGGUGCUUCUUUGAUUGCUCUUAUUUGUACAGCCCGCUUUGAUGUAUGUAUAGUUGAAAUGCUAAAUCAAAUAGCUCAAUCAAU